CUACUCUAUGUACAUCAGGAGUGGAGUGUGCCGAACGAUAUAUCGAUAAGGGCAGGGGGUUCCCUCAAGGACAUCCGCGAAGUACUGCCUCGUUUUUCGGUAGGGGUUCCCCCGCAGGUGUGACUAUAUUGUUUGAACAUUUUUUUUUUCUUCAAUCGUCGCUGGAAAUUUCGGAUUUAGUACUAUAAGUACUAAAAACCCUCAAGAUGAACUUUGCACCUUUCGGGGUACCUCUCUCGGCCGCCCUACCGGUCGCCACCCAAUUUUCCGCAGGGAAAAUUACCCAAAGUGUGACCACACCGAGUGGCCAAGUAGUCGGCGUCCUCCAAGGUGGCGAAAACGGCGUCCACUACAUCAGACCAUUCGAUGCGAGCGCGUUCGCGCAGACCCACCAGGCCCCCGGGAGUCCCACCGGGGCUCAACAGGGCCAAACUGUGAUCAGCCUCCCCAUCACGAUGCCCGGGGCGAAACCGGGCGAUCCACAGCAAACGGUGCAAAUUCAGGUGGUCAAUCCGGCUCAACAGAACGAAGGAAACAGCCCAAAAUAUCAACUGUCACAGAUACCUAUCCAGACUUUCGGCCAGGGAGCCACUGUUUUAACGGUCGCGUAUAGUGGGAAUCAGGAAGGUUUACAAAUACUUGACGGACAAAGCGGCUUGGAAGGUAUGACCGUUGUGGCAGCUAUACAGCCUCAAGAUAUCCAAAUCAUACAAGCCCAACUUGAACAGCAACAGCAGCAACAACAACAGCAGCAAGUUCAAGAGCAGAAAGAGGAGAACGACAAGGCGGGAGAUACUCAGCUAAGAUGUAAAGAUGGUGCUGAGGUACAACAACAGACCAACGAGCCGGAAGCGAUCCACGUGCCGGCGCAGUACCUUCAAAACAUGAACACGUUACAGGAAUAUCUGCAAAAGGUUCAAACGGCCCAACCUUUACCGUUGACCUCCUUGCAUCAGUUUUUAAAGUUUAAUGGCGCGCCAGAAAUCAAAAGGGAAUUAAUUACCGAAGAUGGGGUACUGGAGGCCGUUAGUAUAGCGAAUCCGGAAGAACAAUACCAUUUACAGGAACAAUUGAUAAUGAACAGCGUGACAACGGAAAUGGCGACACAGGAGGACGGUCAGGAGGAUCCGAACGAAAAGGGAAAGAAGAAGAAGAAAUCGAAAAAGAAACCGCCUAAACCGAAAAAGCCCAAGCCUGGACAGGUGCAUAUAGCGACAGCACUGGACGGCACGACCCUCUUUUGUUGCCCGGAAUGUCACAUGGCGUAUCCCGAAAAGGAGCUGUUGGAGCAGCACUUGGUGGGACACAAAAUCGAGCGACGUUUCAUCUGCGACAUCUGCGGGGCCGGCUUGAAACGCAAAGAGCACCUUGAGCGGCACAAACUGGGCCACAAUCCAGAGAGGCCCUUCGUCUGUUCCGUUUGUAUGAAAGGUUUCAAACGUAAAGAGCACCUCAAUCUCCACUUUGUGAUACACUCGGGGGAGAAAACGGAAAUUUGCGGCGAAUGCGGCAAAGGAUUUUACCGAAAGGAUCAUUUGAGGAAACAUCUACGAAGUCACAUCACGAGGAGAGCGAAGGAGCAAGCGGAAAUGGCACAGGCGAUAUUAAAAGCGGGCGGUACGCAGGAAGACGUCGAAAACGAACUGAACAAUAUGUCUAACGGGAUCGCCCAUGCGCAGGUCACCAUCGAGGUGGGAACUGGGGGUCCGAACGGUCAAAUCCAGAUACCCGUGCAGAUCCAAGUGCCGCAACACACGAUACAGCUGUCGAACACGGACGAAGACGGGCAACAGCAGCAACAGGCGAGCACCGUGGUGCUACCGGCCGCCCCCGAAAGUAUCUCUAUUUUGCCGAAUUAAUUUUAGUAAUUUAGCUAGUUAAACAGUUUCGUUGAUAAAUUGAGAUAAUCUAUGACAAGGAAAGGGUAUGUUGGAGUUGAGCACUCUUAUGUUAAUUUUUAGUUUACUUUCACCCCGUAUUUAAAAUACCUUUCUUAAUUUUAUGAAAUUUCUUUGCUUUAUGUGAACAUUCCAAAUAGCUUUAAAGCAAAAAGGUGUUUACAUAUACGUCCUGGAUAAUAAGAAAAUCAUUAGCAAGGUGAUAACAAAUUUAUAAAAUACCUGGAAUAAGAAAUAGUCGAAAAUUACAGGUUUGUUGUUUGGAGCUCUCGUUUUUCUAAUAAAACGAAGUAAUUAAAUAUCGAACAACCUAAAGAAAAAAUGCGGAAAGACGCGAUUAUUUCUGAAUCAGAGUUAUAUAAAACGGAUUGUUAAAAAAAAAUUAUAUUAGGUGAUUUCGUAAUCUAAAGUAGACUUAUCUGUCACACAUAUCGAUCUUAUAAGCAUACAACAACACUGCCACUUUGAAAUACUUUUUUUUUAAUUAGUUAAAGUGUUUGUAUGGUAGAACGGCUAAGAUCUACUAAGCGUUAAUAAUACUACUAGCGAACCGUCAACUUCAUAAAAGAAAAAGGAUAAUUUUAUAUAAAUGAUUUUUAUUAAAACAUUUUUCUUAUAUCUUUAAUUGAAAGAACUCGUCCAUUAUUUCAAAGAGACGUACGUAACUAGAGAAAAAAUUAAAAACUUUAAGUCGCAGUCUCAAAACAUCUUUUUAUGCGUCACUCAGGUUACAUGUUUCGGUAAUAAAGCACCAUCAGACCUUAUAGCUAGAUGAUCUGCUACGUACAAUACGUUAUAUCUUUAAUACACUUAGUUUGUUAAUACACACUUUGUUGCCAAAAAUGCUAGUUGGGGGCGCCGUUUGAUAGGUUUUAUCUGGCAAUAACUUCCAAUAUAAACCCGUCUCAUCUGCAUUAUAAAUUUGAUCUUCGCUAAGAUUAAGCUGCUUCAUCUUUUUUCUUAAGCCUUCAAUAAAGGGAUUUACAAGGUGAGGCUGCGAGGACAACUUUUCACCUGUAAUUUUUUACCAUAUCGCCAUUUAAAUUUUGAAGUCAGCCUUUAUCGUUGAGUUUUAAUUUUCUAUGUAAAUCUAGAGCAUUUUUCUUUAAGCAUAUCACCUGUAACUGGCAAAUUUCAUUCACGCUGUUUGGUAAACCAUUUAUACAGCAAAGUUUCCAUCUUGGGGUUUUCUGCACUUUUUAAAGUACAUUUUUUUAUUUUAUUAGGUCUUAAACUCUCUCCAACAACUUUUAGAAUUUUUUCUUCUUUAUUUUUAAUUGCACAAAUAGUUGAUUUUGCUUUUUGAUAUUUCUUUGCUAGUGCAGUAACACUCAUACCAUUUUUGUGCUCUUCCAAAAUUUUCGAUUUCUCAUAAAGAGUCAAACACUUCUUUAAUUAAUUUUAACCAUUUUAAAAGGCCACUGCGCAAGAUGCGACACUCUCUCUUAUCUAAUAAACAUCAACUAAAUGACCAAACAACGUUUCAAAUGCGUAAGCCCAAUAUCCACUAACAAGGCUAGACAUGUCUACACAGGAUUACUAAAGAUUUCUUAAAAUUCACAUUAUCGAAAUAUGGGUUUGUUCACACUAUAGAAUUAACAUAGAAAAAUAUUGGUGUUCACAUUAAUGAGUUGUUGUACCGCGAGUAUACUGUAUUUACAUUUGAUGUCAAAAUAUGCCCGAUUCAAAUAGAGAAUCGACGUAUCCGAGGAUUGUUUCAAAAAACAAAAUAAACCACUUUUUAUAGAAUUUAUGCAUCAUUACUAAAUCACAAUUUUGUAUAUAAUGAUGUAAGCCUAGUAUAAGAUUUCGUACAACGCAAUUCUUUUUACAAUACUCGAAAAUUGAAAUUAAUUAAAAACCACUAUUAAAAUUUUAUUUCACAAAAGAGUAAUACGAGCCCUAACAACUAUAUGUUGGAACAAGCAGUUAUUUUGAAAUAAAAUGCCCAUUUACCGAACAUAUUUUAUUAAAUUUUUUUUUAAUCAUAAAUAUGAAAUAAACAAGCUUUUUUAUAAUGUUUAAUAUUAUUUUUAUAAUUUAUUUAUAUAUUUUAAGUUAUUUAAUUACUUGGUAAAUAAUUGAAAAAUGCUGACAACUAAAUAUUGGAACAAGUGAGUUUUAAAAAAGGAAAAUACAAAUUAGUAAGGUGUAACGUCGCCCUUAGCUUGAAUAACAGCCUGAACUCCAUGGGGCAUUGUACCAACUAGACCUUCACAAAAUUCAGGGGUGAAACUAUCCCAUAUUUCCUGUAGUUUAGCACGUAGUUGUGGCAAAGUACGCUGCGGACUAUUUCUUAGGCGUUGCUUCAUUUUGUGCCAAAGUGUUUCGAUUGGAUUGAGAUCCGGGCUGCUAGAGGGGUGUGACAAAACUUUAAUAUUAUGUUCCCCCAUCCAUUUUUUGGUAGAUUUAGCAGUAUGACAUGAGGCACCGUCCUGUUGAAAGAUAAAAUCUCCAGAUGGAUAUAAAUUUGCUGCACUUGGUAAAAGCGAAUGUUCGAGAAUGUCUUGAUAUUUUUCUGCAUUUACUAUGCCAUCAAUAAAGUGUAACGUUCCCAACCCUUUAGCUGACAUACAACCCCACACCACGAUGCCCCGUGGAAACUUUACAGUACUUUUAAGAGAAUCCUUAUGGAAUGCUUCUGUUUUGUCCCGAAUCACACGCUUUCGAUAAUCUCCGACACAGACAUCAAAUUUGCUUUCGUCGCUAUAAAUAACUUUGCUCCAAUUUUCUUUGGUCCACGAGAGUUUUGAUUUGGCCCAAAUGUAACGAUUCCUUUUUUGAGUCUCCGUUAACAAUGGUUUUUCUUUGGCCUAGGCGAAAAACUUAGAAAAAUUAAAAUAAUAUAGCACAGAACAGCCUAUUAAACAUAACUUAUAAAAACUAAGACCGCCCUUGUGGAAAUAUUUGCGGCAGCAUUCUCUGGAAACAUUUAUCCCACUUUCUCUAUUCCACCUUGCAGUUACUUUUCGUAGAGUAUUUCUUCUUCACGACUUACAAAUUUUAAUCAAGUUCCUUACAUUUCUUUGAGGAACAACUUUUGGACGUCCUGAACUUUUGCCGCGAACACCAAUACUGGCAGUUUCACCAUAUUUUUUAAUUAUAUUAAAUAUAGUAGUUGUUGCAACAUUUAAUUUACUGGAGAUUUCUCGCAUUGUUUUCCCUUUAUGGUACUGCCGGAUAAUAAUUUCUCGUACUUUUAGAUCAGUAGGUUUUCCACGAGUCAUUAUUGUAUUUUACUCGUAAUAAAAAUGACAGUAAUUGAUUAUUAAUGGUCAAGUGACGCAUCAAAAUUUUUAUUGUUGACAACGCACUACUUACUUUUGUUUAUUCAAAGCCAUCUUCGCGUCAUGCUAAUAAAACUGGAAAAAUUUGAGCAAAAGCAACCCAUGUUCCAACAUUUAGUUGUCAACAUUUUUUGAUUAUCAAACAAUUAAAUAAAUAUUAUUUAACAUCAAAAUUUUAUUAAACCUUAAAAAUAAUUCUCUAAAAUAUAAAAAAUGUUAUUAAUUUAUUAUUUUUAAAUAAAAAAAAAAUUAAUUAAAAGAAUUACGGUAAACUGGAAUUUUAUUCGUAAAAUUACUACUUGUUCCAAUAUAUAGUUGUUAGGGCUCGUAUGGCAUAAAAAUAAGCCUCUAUAUGUUGUUUUUUUUUAUUUAAUUAAUUUCCAAGUUUCGAAUAUUAUAAAUCUUUCUAAUGAUGUAAGCUAGUAAACUAACAGAAACUUGUGCAGUGAAGAUGGCCCAAAAUAAAAGCUGAAACGUCGGCAUUUCUUCUGAAACAAUCAGUUUUUACUUGAUGACUUAAUUUUCGAAAUUUCAUCAUCCGCAUACUCUUUCCCAAACAAAACUUUAGAUUAGGUUCCUCAUAGUCUUGUGCCUGACAACAGAGUGUGGCUAACUUGGUUAUAAAGUGACGUAACAGUCGCCGAAUGCUUAAAAAACAAAAAUGGUCCCACUUUGUUGCACCGAUAAGGUUUUACUGUAUCAGCCUUAAAUUAUCGUUAAUUAAUUUGUACAUAAGAAUAUUUAUUGCUUUUUAUACAUACGACAAUAUUUAGAUACUUUAUUAAGGAUUAAUUAUUGAUUUAUAUUUUUGCUGUUCCGUCUAAAUAAGUUCAGUAUUACUUGAGGAAAUACAAGAGAGAUGCAAUAAAGAAAAAUAUAUAUAAAAUGUGAUAUAAGGAAUCCCGUUUAAGAUUAUAUUUUUUUAUAAAGCAGUUUUCCCCCGCGAUAUGUACAUUAUUAUAAACGUUCGUUUAUUUAUUUAAAAAUAAUUGUACAAAGUUGAGGGUAUAUUGUACAAAGUGUUUUUUGGGUCAUAAAUUGUACAUAUUUUUUGACUGUACGAAAACGACCAAUCUUUGAAUCUAGUACCAAAAAUCAUAUUUUUGGCCUUUUCGGAAUAUUCUGUAUAAAUUUGUAUAAAAGAAUAACUCUAUUAUUAAUUAUUAAUUUAUCACUUUUUUAAUAAACAUUAUUUUUAUCGAUUAGGAAUAUGAUUAUUUUCUUUUGUUGUUUUAUUUAGGGGCUUGCUUCGAAAUGAGAUUAGUUUUAGGUUUUUAUACAUUUUAUCCCAUAAAAAUGGACUCUAAAUGAUUAAAAAAAAAAUUAAAAUUA